GGCCCAAUUGGGAGAUCCGGGUGGCAGGCGGUCGAAGGACCGGCUCGACGUCCGGCAGGUACUUCGGCUGAGCAGCUGCAACGGCGGUGGUGGCGGCGCCCGCUGCUUCAGGGGAGGGAAGAUGGCGGUACUGGCUCCGCUGCUGGCGCUGCUGUACUCGGUGCCGCGGCUCUCCCGCUGGCUGGCCAAGCCGUACUACCUGCUGUCGGCGCUCCUGUCGGUCGCCUUCCUGCUCGUGAGGAAGGUGCCGCCGGUCUGCCUCGGUCUCCCCACACAGCGCGAGGACGGCAACCCCUGCGACUUUGACUGGAGGGAGGUGGAGAUCUUAAUGUUCCUCAGCGCCAUUGUAAUGAUGAAGAACCGGAGAUCAAUCACUGUGGAGCAGCAUAUUGGUAACAUCUUCAUGUUCAGUAAAGUUGCCAAUGCAAUCCUCUUCUUCCGCCUGGACAUUCGCAUGGGCCUGCUCUACGUCACGCUCUGCAUAGUGUUCCUGAUGACUUGCAAACCCCCCCUCUACAUCGGCCCUGAGUACAUCAAGUACUUUAAUGACAAGACAAUUGAUGAAGAGCUGGAACGGGACAAGCGUAUCACAUGGGUCGUGGAGUUCUUUGCCAAUUGGUCUAAUGAGUGCCAGUCAUUUGCUCCUAUUUAUGCUGACCUCUCCCUCAAGUACAACUGUACAGGGCUGAAUUUUGGGAAAGUGGAUGUCGGCCGCUACCCUGAUGUCAGUACGAGGUACAAAGUGAGCACGUCCCCUCUCACCAAGCAACUUCCCACCCUGAUCCUGUUUCAGGGUGGAAAAGAAGUGAUGAGGAGACCCCAGAUUGACAAGAAGGGUCGAGCUGUCUCUUGGACUUUCUCUGAGGAGAAUGUGAUCCGGGAGUUCAGCCUAAAUGAACUGUACCAACGUGCCAAAAAGCAGACCAAGACCCGAGACGUGAUUGCUGAGGAGCCGCCUGAGUCUGCAGCUCCCCACACACAGCCAGAUGAAGAAAGCAAGAAGGACAAGUAGCAGCCCUGCUCUUCCAGACGUCCUUCUUCCUUUAGCUUUUUCCUGGUGGCCUUUUCAGGCCCUGAAAGACUGCUGACUUUUAGUAUUUGUAUUUAUUCCUUAUUUGGACUAGACCUGGAACCAGGCUCAAGGCUGUUAGGGGAGGAAUUAACAAUGGCAUACAAAAGAAUGUCCUUUGUGGCUAAGUGCCUCCAGUUUGGUCAACCAUUUCACUAAAAGGGGAAAAAAUCAAUUCCUAAUCUUGGAAGAAGGAAGUUUCCUUCUGAAGGGAAACAUUUUUCAUACUGAUUGGGGGCCUGGAAGAACAGAGAAUGGGUUUAUCCAGAAGUCACAAGUUUUUGCCAUCCUGUGGUUUCAGUGAUCUUUCCAGAAGGCAGUUCUGGAAACAAGUUUCAGGUCAGAGGCACCACUAACAUCUUCAGGAUCAUUCACUUCACUUCCCUGAGGUCUUUCUGGUCUUCCUUAUUGCUAUUUAACAUUUGCUAAAGAGUUUAUGCUUAAAUUUGAUUUGGAUACUAAAUAUAAAAUCCAUUUACAACACAUCUGCCCUAGGGGAGUGUGGAAAGAUGGAGUACAAGUUGCUUUAAGAAAGGUAGUUAAUUACUUUCAAUACUCCUUUCCUUUGAGCUAAGUAAAACUAGGAGUAUGCAGUGUCUCUUUGUGUGCUGGGGACUGAAGGAGAAAGGCCCAGGGCAGCAGGGGUGUUCCCUUGACACUUUUUAUUGAUAUCUUUAGUUUUUUUAAUCAACUUCAUUUCUCUUUCUCCCCGCCCCAAAUCAAUCUGUGCCCCACACUCCAAUACUGAGCAAAUAAAAAGAACAAGUCUAAAAAGAAAGACUUCAAUACAUAGUGGCACAGUCCAGCCAGUCAAACUCCUACCUUGGCCAUGUCUGAAAAUGUAGGCCUUCCCUCUGCGAGGAGGAGGUGAGUAGUGGGGUAUUACAUCUUCGUUCUUUUGCCUUUAUGGUUUAUCAUUGAGUUAUUCAGAGUUCAACUUUUUCUCUAUAAUAUUAUUGUAUAGAUUGUUUUAGUUUUGUUCACUUUGCAUCAGUUUCUAGAAGUCUUCCUCAUUUCCUCUGAAAUUGCCGUUUCAUCACUUCUUAUGGCACAAUAAUAUUCCAUUACAUCCUUUUGCCACAAUUUGAUCAGCCAUUCCCACUGAGUUCCAGAUUUGGGACUACCAUAUAAAAAGCUGCUAGAAAUGGUUUUUUGCACAUAUUCCUUUUCCUCUUUGAUAUCUUUGGCUCAUAGCUCUAGUAAUGGUAUGGCUGAGUCAAAGGGUGUACAUUUUAGUAACUUAGUGGGUAUAAUUCCAAAUUGCUUUCCAAAAGGGCUGGAUCAAUUCACAGCUACACACAGAACACACUGUGUUCUAGUAGAUCUGUUUUCCCACAGCUCCUCCUUCCUUGUCAUCUUUGCCUGUGGUGGGUGACAGGCAGUCAAAGUUGCUUCUUUGCAUUUCUCUGGUUAUUUACAGACUUUGAACAUCAUUUGGUUGUUGAUAGCUUGGGUUUCUUCCUUUGAAAACUGCUUUGAUCAUUUUUCAGUUGGGGAAUGGUUUUUAUUAUAAACUUGGAUCGUAUAUUUUGGAAAUGCUACCUUUAAUCAGAAACUUGUUGGAAAGAUUUUUUUCCCUAGUUGUCUGUUUUUCAUCUAAUUUUUCCUUCAUUA